GAUCACUGGAUAGAAGCCGUCGGCGGGAUUAUACAACCAGCAUCAUUAUUUAGAAUAGAUAUAUGGCAGGGAGGUCAAGACAGACCGAUAGUUUACAAUGUGCUCAAGUUUAACAGUGAACCUCCACCCCAAGAUGUGUUUGAUGUCGGUCAAUGUUUUGUGGCAUCUCAAAAGUACAGACUUCUCGUAUAUUUUGCAGUGGUUAACAAUGGAAGUCUGGACACAGUGAGCUACAGUUAUUUAAAAGAGACGCUUCAUUCACGUCUUGUUACAGCAGCCUUUCUUCCGCCGUUACGUCUCUCAAAAUUAUCUAUUGAAUUCGUGGGGAUAAGUGACGUAUAUGUUGACGCCAUGUUGUUGGAGAACUCCCCUUUGACAAACCCUAGGAUUGUCCCGCCUCCGCGCCAACAACACACAAUGGAAGCCGCGUAUGAAUUCUUGAAGGGUCAGAUUGGCGGAAGGUUACGUAUAACACUCAGUAGUACCACACAUCAGAAAACUGUCAUACUUGAAAGUCGAGGUAUUUUAAAAAUCGACUACAGUCAAGAGUUUGCGGCUAUUACUACAACCUCUACGACAUCAACAACAGAGGCAACUCCGCCACUUCCGGACAUACCCACCACAGCGAAACCAUUGGUUCCAACAAAAUACAAUACACCGGACACAUUACCCACGCAAACACCGUGUACGUGCCCUACGCCGAAAUGUGCAACGCCGUCAAGUUCCCCAUGCCCAACAUUACCGUCCAGCACACAAACGCAAUGCCCAAAAAUAACAUGCCCUCCUUCAACAUGUCCCACGGUAAAUAAUCGUGGAUGUCCCAUUAAAACAUGCCCUACACCUCAACCAUGUGCAUCUUGUCCUACCCCUUCACCUUGUCCUAAACCAACAGUACCGUCAGCUUGUCCGACACCUGCUCCAAGCUUGUGCAUGAAUAAAACAUGCCCAGUGACUACUCCAUGUCCCAAAGUAACAUGUCCGAAAUUGACUUGCCCGAUACUGUCAUGCCCACCAACCAAACCUUGUAUAUCUGUUCCCUGCACUACGAACUGUCCCACUCCUCCAACAACAACUCCGUGUCCAAACAUUGAAGGACAUCUAGGUCAUCAGCAAAGUCAACAAAGUGAUAGUGACUCCGGAGUUAAAGGAGGUGCAGUUGCCGGAAUUGCGAUCGUGAUGGUGAUUGUCGGCAUUGUAAUAGGAUUUGCUGCAAUAAUAUUGUAUAAGAAAUUUAGAGUCGUCAGCCCUGAUAAAAGAAAUAUUAUAGACAGAUAUCUUGAUGACGAAGAAAGAUACUAAUAGUGGCGAAAGAGUUCGUGAUAUAAUAUAUAAUGUUAUAUAAGAAAUCAGACUUUUCAGAAACUUGAAACAUGAGUCAUUGUGUUUGCGUAUAUUGUGACGUGCAGAUCUGUGAUAUUGAUGUAAUUAUUUAUAUUGCCAAUCGGCAAUUUCCGUGAAAUUCCCUAAAAAGUGUUGUUUUAAUUUCCCGUUCUUUUUGUGUGUGUUGGCCGUGAACCUUGAUGCAUGCGUCAGGAAUAUUUGCUAAAGACAGAAUACUUUAAUCCGUGAGAUACUUGACCAGAAUCUGUCUAUAUUGUGACAAAUUUGGAGACUAAGUGUCAAUUUAAGUGUUAUUAACAAUGUAUGUCAAAAAGGUUAAUAUUUCAUCUCUAUGUAUUUCUUUCUCUAUGUAUAUAAAAAUUGUUUUGAACCGGAAACAUUUCAUUAUUAUCAUUUUCUUUGCCAUGUAAAGGACCAUGGUAUUAUUAAGUUUAAUGUUUGUUGUCUACAUUUCCAAUAAUAAAAGCGUUGAUUUUGAGAAUA